AAACGGAGGGAAGGAAGGCAAUGCCUCCCGCACAAGCCAACCGAUUCAGCGUCGUGUGACCUCUCUGCCGUGACAGCCCUUGGCCUAAUCAACUUCCUUGCAAACCAUGGCGGUUCUCAGAGCGAUAGCGACGUCGUUGAUAAUCGUGAUGGUGGCGGCGUUCGUGGACGCAGGCGACACGAAUGGAGUGUAUUCUCCUUGCAUGGACUCUACGGUGGAGCGAUCUGAUGGAUUCAGCUUUGGAAUUGCUUUCGCAUCGAAGGAAAAUUUCUUCUACAACAACACUGUUCAGUUGUCCCCUUGCGAUAGUAGGCUUGCCCUCUCGUCUUCCAACUCUCAGAUCUCUGUGUUCAGGCCCAAGGUCGAUGAGAUUUCACUCCUUACUGUCAAUUCCUCUUCUUUCACUGCGGACUCCUAUGGCUAUAUGGUUGCGUUUGCUGGUAGAAAAUAUGCGGCAAGGUCUCCUCCUGCUUUUGUUGCAAACAGCACGUAUACUGUAACUAGUUUUACUCUUGUCCUUGAGUUUAAAAAGGGCAGGCUGGAAAAUUUAUAUUGGAAAAGAGAUGGUUGUGCUAAAUGCUCUGGAGUUUCCGACUUUGUCUGUCUCAGGAAUCAAGAUUGUGCACUGAAGACUACCAGUUGCAUGAGCCAUGGAGGAUCCGUGGAUUGCAGCCUUGGGAUACAAACGGCGUUCUCUGGUACAGAUAAACAUCUUUCAGUUCUCAACUCCUGGUAUGAAGUAGAAAACCUUCGCCAAUAUUCACUAUAUGCGCUUUAUUCGAAUCUGAGGGAUUCCCUCACUAGCCAGUAUAACAAGUUUCUUUGAUACUCUCUAAGUGAUCUGUAUAUUUCAUUUAUGCUGUUAUGGUGCGAUUCAUGUGUUUGUUUGCACCAUCCAUUUUUGGCUUUUAUAAUUAUGCACCAAUCUAUUCGAAAUAUGGUUGUGAUAACUGAGAACCCUGGUUUGUAAAUUUGUAUAUUAAAGCAUAUUUACAUUGGUACUUGCAUUGAAGA